GGCUACAAAGGGAGCUGACUUGAGAAGAUACAGCAUUUGGAACAAUGUCUUCAAGUUGUGUGACUUCAGUGUUUGCUUUGAUUCUGUGCUUUGCAGCUGCGGGUCCUGUGCCUAGGAGUGAAUGUGUCUUAUCACCUGUUAACAAUUCGCACCCAGUCCAUGCCUUAUUGGAGAGUUUUACAGUCUUAUCUGGCUGUGCAAGCCGAGGCACAACAGGCCUGCCACAAGAAGUGCACGUCCUCAAUCUCAGAAAUCCUGAGGAGGGUCUUGGUCAUCAUGAAAGAGAGGUGACGUUACAUUUGAAUCCAAUUUCAUCAGUGCAUAUUCACCAGAAGCCUCUGGUGUUUAUUCUCAACUCUCCUUUGCCUUUGGUCUGGAAGCUAAAAACAGAAAGACUGGCACCUGGAAUCCGAAGAGUUUUCUUUGUGUCUUUAGGUUCCGUCGUUCAGUUUGAGAAGGGAAAUUUCUCCUUGUCAGCUGAAACAGAAGAAAAGCUUUUUCCUGAGAGAAAUGAACAUCUGCUACAGUGGGCCCAGAAGGAAUAUGGAGCAGUAACAUCUUUCACUGAACUCAAAAUAUCAAGAAACAUCUAUAUUAAAGUAGGAGAAGAUCAAGUUUUUCCUCCCUUGUGCAACAUAGAAAAGAAUUUUCUUUCUUUAAAUUACCUUGCGGGGUACCUACAACCAAAAACAGCAGAAGGAUGCCUUAUGUCUAACUUAGUCCAAGAAAGAGAAGUUCAUAUCAUUGAGCUAAUCACUCCAAAUUCCAAUCCAUACAGUGCUUUCCAGGUGGAUAUAAUCAUUGACAUUAAACCAUCACAACCAGGCGCCAAACUUGUCAGAGAUGUCGUACUUAUCCUCAAGUGUAAGAAGUCUGUCAAUUGGGUUAUCAAGUCACAUGAUGUCCAGGGGAAACUGGAAGUGAUUACAUCAAAUAGUGUUGGUUUUGGAAAAGAAGCAGAACGAUCCAUGACUAUGAGUAAAUCAGUAAUACCUGAUAUCCCCUCAUCAUAUGAGAGUUUGAUCAAGUGGGCUUAUGAGCAUAACUAUAGUCCAGUUACUUCUUACACAAAAGCCCCUGUUGCGAACAGAUUUCAUCUGCAACUUGAAGAUACAGAAGAGAUGAAUGAUGAAGAAGACCAUUCUAUUCCUCCAGAGCUGACAGAAUUGCUGGGUGCUAACCCACUGCCUGCCCCAAAGAAUCCUGCAUUAAGUGAUGGCCUGACAUUUCCUUUUCACAUUAACAGAGGAAGACACAACACGGUGGGAGAAGGAAUCUUCCCAUCCAAGGAUUCAGUGGAUACAUUAAUAAAUCAUGACUUUGAGCAUUCCCUCUCAAAACAGAAAGAACCUGAAGAGGUUCAGGGCAGUGCUGAUGUGGCCCUGUCAAUAAAGUGUGAUGACAAAGUCAUGACAGUAGCUGUAGAAAAAGACUCUCUGCAGGCUAGCGGCUACACAAGGACAGAACUCUCACUGCUGGAUCACUCUUGCAAAGCCAGGAUGAAUGGCACCCAUUUCAUUCUGCAGUCUUUGCUGAACGAAUGUGGGACUCGGACAGCAUAUAUUUUGAACAAGAUUGUUUAUUUUAACUCUAUUGUCAUUCAGCUGUCAUCACCAGCUGAAAGCAGCGGCUUUGAUGAUGAUGACAUGGAAUCAGGUGAUAAUGGAUUUCCAGGGGAUGCUGAUGAGGGAGAUGUUGCUUUCUCAAGCUGGCCUGAAAUAGCGUUUAAUUGCACACUGCACCAGCCAGAGGAUGACAGAGGCAUGUUCUGGCCUCCUGAACCACACAUCACCAAUGUGACCUUCAACAUGGAGCUGUACAAAACAGACCUGUUUCUUGCUCCCUCCCAAGGACUCUUCUCUGUUGAUGAGAAUGGACCAAUAUACGUAGAGGUGUCUGUGACUAAAGCCGACAGAUCCUUGGGCUUUGCCAUUCAAACGUGCUUUGUUUCCCCAUUUUCAAAUCCAGAUAGAAUGUCUGACUACACCAUUAUAGAAAACAUUUGUCCUAAAGAUGAAUCUGUUAAAUUCUACAGCACUGAGAAGGUGAACUUUCCGAUACCAUAUGCACAGAAGGACAAAAAAAGAUUUAGCUUCAUGUUUAAACCAAUGUUCAACAUCUCACUGCUCUUUCUUCAUUGCGAGUUGACUUUGUGUACACAUAAAGACAAAGAUAUCGAAGGACUGCCAAAGUGCAUUCCCCCUGAUGAAGCUUGCACCUCUCUCAAUGUCGAUAUGAUUUUGGCCAUGAUGCACAACAAGAAAACCUUCACCAAGCCCCUUGUUGUAAUAACACAUGAAGGAAAACCAGAAGAUCCUGCCCUUCCAAAGCCAAAUGUGAGACAGCCACCUGUGUUCUACGGUCUGGACACGCUGACUGUCGUGGGCAUUGCCUUUGCAGCAUUUGUAAUCGGAGCCCUGCUCACAGGAGCACUCUGGUUUAUCUACUCACACACAGGGGAAGCAGUGGCAAGACAGCAGGUCCCUACGUCACCGCCAGCCUCCGAGAACAGCAGUGCCGCGCACAGCAUCGGCAGCACACAGAGCACCCCCUGCUCCAGCAGCAGUGCAGCCUAACUCCAGAGGGAGCACAGUCGAGGAGCAACAUAGCAGUGCAUAGUUUCAAAGGACUGUGUGUGGACAUCAGCUUUUUAAAGUUAAAAGGAUUGGUUUGCUUGCUUUGGGGAGGGGGGGAGAAAGAAAAAGUGGAGGAAUUUUUUUACAGGGAAAAACAAAAAAAUGACUGAUUUUCUUUGGGGGAAGCCACUGUAUGUGUGAGUGUGUGUAUGUGUGCACACAGUGCAUGGGUAAACACAGCCUGUUGGAUCUUCUAGAACAUGUUAUGCUACAUGUGACAAAGCUACUAAUUGUACAGUACUGCAACCUUCUUCUAGGGGUCCAUGGGCCCUCAAUGUGAAAUCUAUGCCAGUUUGGAAAAAUGCUGCUUUGUCUAUAUGACUUUUUUAUUUCCCUGAACUGUCUCAUUGACACAAGGUAUUCAUUAAGGGAAUUCAACAAGAUAAGCAGAAAAAAGGUGAACUUAGGUCAAAGGAUUUCUAUUUGUCUAAGCAAGAAAGCCUCAAGGUCAGACCUCUUUGGUUAGUAACAUUUUAUUACUUCAACUAUGUUUAGCCAGAUUUGAGUAACCUUUGUUUUGUUAAGCUUAUGGCUACAGCAUCUCAUUUGCUUUCCUGUUGUGUUUGCAGCUUCAGGUUUGUUCCAGGUAUUUUUGUUUUAAUAUGUAUUGGCUUGCUAAUUGGAGAAGAACACACUCUAACAUUCCCUUUCUUGUUCUCUGGGCCAAAGCUCUUUAAUAAAAGAUUUUUUUUUUUUCCCAUUUACUAUACCAAAUACAGGCAUAUGCACAUAUUAAGACAAAUAUUGCUUUUAUGCACUAACAUAGAUGUGUGUAUACCUUUAAUGGCAAGGUUUAUGUGCAAAUAGAUGUAUACCUGAGUACAGAGAGCCUAACUUACCACUUUAACAAUUGGGAAGUUAGCUCUGUGUGCCUUCCAUAUAGAAAAUAUAUAAUGCAUACAUAUAUUUUAAAAAACAAACAAAAUAAAACAAAACCAAAAAUUAAUAACCCCAAAACCAACAAACAAAGCUGUCUCUUCAGUUUAUAAUAGGUAGUUAAAGGAGAUUUUAAAAGUGAUUUGGUUCUAGUCUUUUAGCUAGCACAAAUUCUCUUUGAAAGGAGAAAUAGUUUUGAGGGCAGAAAGAGUGUACAGUAGAGCCUGUUGUUUGUGCAGAAUACUGCCUAUCAAAAUGAAGCUAUUCUCUUAAGAUAGUUGUGCAGUUGUUUGUGUCAAAUUGUUGUAUGAAUGUUGCAAUUGACUAGUCCCAAAGUAGUGUUGGAAUGUGGAAAUGGCAGAAAGAUACUAAUUGUCGCAGUAUGCUUUCAGUGUCAGUGCCACAUCUCGACAGUCAAAUCGAUGCCAAAUGAAAAGGACACCUCUAAUGUGUAAUUGGUUUGACUGUUAUGUUGCCACUUUGUAAUUGUGAUGUGUUCUACUGAUUCUUCUCCUCUGAGGAAAAAUGAGUGUUGUUUUCCUCUAAAAAUGAGAUGAGUGUCUUUCAUUAAUUUCAGUGAAGGCUAACCAUGCUCUGCAAGAGGAGAAGGGGAUUCAUUACACUAGAGUUAGGGUCUGCUCUGAAUUCUGAGCUGCAGAUUUCUGUUGCUGAUUCUACACUUGUGCCUUGUUGAUGCCAGGUUGGUUAAAGUGCAAGAUAUGCAAUAGAUGUAGGUGCCCAGGAUCAGGUGGAAUAUUACUCACUUUAAGUCAAAUCUGUUUCUAAUCCUGCAAACGUUUAUGCAGGUGAAUAACUACUUGCUCAUCCUUGCUAGCACAAGCACAUACUCACUCUACACAUUAUGGCUAUUCUCAGAGCCAUGUAUAGAGUUACUCAUACGAAGAGUGUUUGAUGUUACCAGGCCCAUGAGUAGUCCUGGUGGCACUUGACAGGAUCCUCUUGUGAGCGUAGUUAUCCCUGUGCGUAAGGGUUUGCAGGAUUGGCUCUGUGAUGAGGUGUUGGGAGGAUGAAUGUGCUACCUGUGUGGUUGAAAAGAAAGUGCUUUGCCUAACCUUCAGCAGAAUGUAUUGUAUAAGCAUAUUCUAUGUAUAAAAUCUUUAAAGAUGUCUUCAGAGAAGACUAGAGUCUUUAAGUUCAAUCAUAGCUAUAUUUUACUACAUUAAAUUUCUGUAUAAAGAUAUAUUUAAAUGUUUUAGUCCAAUGUUAAGUUACUCUAUAUGAAAUGUUUAAUUUCAAUUACUGUGAAAUUUACGUGUUGUAAAUUUUCCCCCCUGUUUUAACCCCUUCCUUCCUCAGAUAUUUUAUUAAGUAGAUUCUUAUAGGAAGUAUUAGAUUGGGUUGUUGGGAUGGACAGGUAGAAAACUUUUAUGUAAAAUAGAUAAUUGUAUAUUUUUGAGAAACAUGCUGCAUUAUCGAUUUUUAAUCAAAAAUUUAAUUUUAAAAUAACUUACAGAUUUAUAUUUACUGUUGGAUAAACCAAAAAUAUAUAAAAUAUCAAAGAUUCAAUUUGUUGACUUGUAUUUUAAAUACAUUUUAAAUUAACUUGGUGUAUUCAGAAAUUUUAAUCAAUCUGAAAUACUUGUCUGUUGGAUGUUACCAAAACUAUGUGUGAUGGCUUAGCAGCUGGAACGGUCAUUUCUGUUCCAGCAAAGAGAUAGAAAGAGCAAAACAAACUCGGGCAUUCCCAGGUAACAGCUUUAAGAAAGAAGUGCACAGUACUUUCCAGCAGCUGGUCAGAGCACUGACACACCUGUAAGUUCUACUCUCAGAGCUGCCAUUCUUCUCUAGAGCAAGUUUCUCUGUGUGGUGUGGCAAGCUCCUGAACUGCAAAGCCCCACUGGUUCCCACCUCUAUCAAACCUGGUCUUGCCGUGCUGGACUUGCCAUGGCAGAUCCCUGUGGAGUGUGGAAGGCCAGCAAGAUGCUUCUGUUGCAGUGGAGUACUUUAAAGCAGGGUUUCAGAGGGUCGGACUUGGUGCUAAAUUUCAGUAUGAUGGAAUCCACUGCAAGGGAACUUCUUGCAUAAGAACAAGGAGGUUUUGGCUUAAAAGGGUCUGUCUUUUAAAAGGUAUUAGUAAUGUACUUAAACUCCAGAGUAGACUGCUCAUUGUGUCAUGCAUUGUCGAAUAACUAACUAAACCUUUUACAACGUUUGAUUUUGGACAUUACUAUAUUCAUGUUUCAAGAAGCCAGAUCUGUGUUAUGCUCUUUUUGUAGCAUUUUCCACGUGGAAAUGGAUUUUGCAAUACGUCUGUAAAUGCUGAUGAUUGUAACCUUCCCCCUGCCCUUUUCUAACCCUUUCUCUCCUGUAUGUACCAUUCUGUCUGUUAUGUAUCUACCUCAUGCUCCACAAGAAGACUGUACUGUUGGUUGUGCUGCCAGUCCUUCAUGUUGAGGGGACUGCUCUGCCCUGUUGUUGUUUGUCAUUUGUGGGGAUGUUCAUAGAUGUUCACAGAUCUUCACUACCAUGUGCCUAACAGUUCCAAACACAGUAUUCUUGCCUUCAAAUAAAUAAGUGCCAUUCUUGAAGAUCCAAAUGCCUACAUUUUUUUUAAAUCAAAGAAUGGGGGAAAUUUAUGUGCUAAUACCUGUGGCCAGUCUGAGCACCCCCAUUUGUAUUUCACAUUAAAUUCUGUAUUUUAGUCUUGUGGAAAUGCAUAGCUGUACAGUUUUUGAUAACCACAGUGUCAUGUCAUCUUGGUCUCUU